UAGAGGGGAGGGAAAAAGAAGAAAAAGAGCAGGAAAACGAGAGGAUGUUGACAGCGCUGACGCGUGAAAAUUUGUCUGCUUGAUUCUCGCUGAGAUCAUCACUCAACUCUUAAACUAAAACUCCAACUUCGAACUAAUGGGUUUACAGACAGAUAAAGAGACGAUGAAGAAAGGCAAGGAAGUUGUGGUUUCAAGCCCUAACGCCAACGACGAUGACGACAACCUUAAUAUCAGCGAAGAAGACUUGGACGACGACACUAAUCAUAACAGAGGAAGUGGCGUCUCUUUUACUUCCGUUAGAUUCUCUUCUCGCAACACUUCCUCCAAAUACGACUUUGUCAAGGUUCUUCACUUUAUUGUUACCCAAAGAACAAAGGUCAAGGUGUGGUUGGGCGAUAAUGCAGAUCACUACUACGUGCUUUCCAGAUUUUUGCUCAGCCGAAUGUUAACUGUCACUAAGAUCCCAAAUUAUGUAGCUAUUAAAAUUGCUUUGGAGCUCAAGAAGCUGCUAAUAGACAACAGCCUUCUAGAUGUCUCGCAGUCUGAUUUGGAAGCCAAUUUGUUUAAGCUUAUGGAACGAAGGGGUUAUGGGGAGGAGUACAUAAACCGGUACAAGAUGAUGACGAGAUUUCACCAUCAAAGAGUGCCAUUAGUUAUUCUUGUAUGUGGAACUGCCUGUGUUGGAAAGUCCACCAUUGCUACCCAACUUGCACAAAGGCUAAAUUUGCCUAAUGUCUUGCAGACAGAUAUGGUAUAUGAAUUGCUGCGCACAUCAACAGAUGCACCAUUGACAUCUACCCCUGUAUGGGCACGAGACUUCAGCUCCUCUGAGGAGUUAAUUACUGAAUUUUGUAGGGAGUGCAGGAUUGUUCGUAAAGGAUUGGCUGGUGAUUUGAAGAAAGCUAUGAAAGAUGGAAAGCCAAUAAUAAUAGAGGGAAUACAUUUGGAUCCAAGCAUUUAUUUAAUGGAAGAUGAAAAUAAAACACAAGCUCAUGUGCAAGAGAAAAUUCAAGAGGCAGAAUCCCUUGCAGCAGAUGGUUCCAAAACACACAUGGAAAACGAUUCUCCAAGUAUAAAUGGAAAUCCUUCUGAAGUUAGCAACAGUACUGCGCAUGUCAGCUCUGAUGAAGGGACACUGGUUAACAAGGUGAACGAAGUCUCAGAUUGCCUGGAAGCUUUUGACCUAGCGGGAAGUGUUUCUGAGAAUAAAGGUGGAAGUCUUACUGGUCCAGAGAUGGAUAAACGUACUUCUGUUAAGAAAGAGAAGUCUGGUCCUGAACCAGUAAUUAUACCUCUAGUUUUGAAGAUGGCUGAAUUUGAUCAUAAGGCAUUACUAGAGGAGGGGAUCUCGACUCGUACAUUGAGUGAUAAAUGUAUAGUCCAGGAUAAAGAUAAGCUAAUAAGAAACUUAAAGACCAUCCAGGACUAUCUAUGCUCAUUCAAUUCGCAGGGUUUGACAGUUGUCAAUAUAUCAGCAACCACAUUCCCACAAACAUUGGAUUGGCUGCAUGGAUAUCUUCUUGAGUGCAUUGAACAUGGCAUUUCAUCAGUAUCCAAUGAAAAUAAUAGGCGGCCUGUGGAAAAGUAGAUUGCUUUCAGAUGCUAGAUGAAGGAAGAGCUGAAGAAAAGUACCAGUUAGGGACCGGCUUGAUGUUAAGAUCAGAUGUGGGAAAACAAAAUGGAGAACAAAUACUUAGAAGAACCUUGCAGCAGCAGCAGCUUGUGAAACAAAGUUUUUACUUACAUGGUAUAAUUUACAAAAUUCGAUCCUAUUGGAUUCCACCGACUAAUAUCCAGCCUCAUCUAUUGCACCCAACACUUCAAAAUUCAGCUCUUCGAUGCGAGAUACCAAAUUAUGGGGCUCAGGAGAAACUUGCUGGCAUGCAAACUCAUUUAUAUUUUUGUGUAACUUAAGAGAGCCCAUCUAGGGUUUGUUCAAAAUAAGAUCAUGAUGUCCUUAACCACUUUUUGGAUGUUCAUCAUAGAGUAUAGGACCGCUUCAAUUGUACGUGCACCUCCUCCAUCUUUUCUGUAUAUAUGAACAAGGAGACGCAAUAAUAUUUCUUGUCGAUACUGUUCCUGCUGUUCAUGAAA